UCUCUACAGAGACCUCUACAGCACAGAGAUCCAACCAUGGCACCAGCAAUCACUGUAGCAAUGACCAGCUCUCAGGAGCAUCUGAUACUGAACCACAAGCUCAGAAAACCUCAAGUGGAGAAACUACGCAGAGAGCGAAUCAACAGCAGUAUUGAACAGCUCAAAUCUCUUCUGCUGGGUGCAGAGUUCCUCAAACAGCAGCCAGACUCCAAGUUGGAGAAAGCAGACAUCCUGGAGAUGACUGUUUGCUUCCUGAGGCAACUGCAGAAGCAGCAUCCAGAUGUGGACUCAGGGGCUGUUGAGCUGGGGUAUUCCAGAUGUGUUCAAGAGGCUGUGCACUUCCUGUCCAAAGAUGAAGUGAAGACACAGUCCCAAAGAAGACUCCUGAAGCAUUUCAGCAUGAUGCAGUCUUUCUCCAAGAAGAACUUGAGAAAAGCAGACUUCUCUCCUCAGAGCUCAACAGAGCAAGGCAGCGUCAGUAAAGACAAGAAUCCGCUCCACAGCCUCCUCUGGAGGCCAUGGUAGACGCCUACAGGACGGAGUUCCCACAAGAGAAACUUAGACCAUAUUGGUCUAAAAAAUACUGGACUAAAUUCUUUUUUGAAAUCAAAUUAUUUCUGUUUAAACAGAACAUGCUACAUAUUUUGUAAAUGUGUCUAUUUUCCAAUAUUACAUUUCCAAUGAAAAUGGCAAAAGCAUUGUCUUUGAUUUACAAAAGACAAACAUAUUUUUAUGCAUUUUUUGUAUAAAAUUUCUAUAACUGCACUAGUGAAAAUGUAGUAAUAGGAAUCCCGGUAGCACUGAUUAUGUUUUGAUCAUUCAUAAUCAUGUUCUACAGUUUAUAUGUCCUUUUUUUGGAAUUAUUUGGAAGGAGUGCAACACUAUUCUUUCUUUACAAUCUGUUAUAUGAUUGAAACAUUUGUACUUUUGUUUUAAAAAAUGUUUUCUUAAUUUUGGAAUUUUGAUUACAAGUUUUCAUCAGUAAUAUGUAUUACUUUUGGGGAAUCACAAUUGAUCAUCUUGAUCAUGUAUCCUCAAGUAUCUACCUCAUUUUUAUUUGUAUAAAUAGUCUGCUUUUUGUUUUACAAAAGAUUUGCUUAACAGUCACAGUUUAUUUGUGACAGUAUUUACAUAAAGAAAACAACUGCAUUUGUUGUAAUAAUGAUGGCUAUGAUCUGUUUUAAGGUCAGCUUUUGAUGUUUAUUUGGUUGAUUACAACCAUACUUUCUACUCCUUAUACAGACUGAGUUUCAUAUGAAACAAUGUACUUUGUCUUUUGUAAGGACAGAUGUUCAUUUACUUCUCUGAGUUCAGAAUUUUGUUUAAGCCUACAUUUUGUUGUUGAUGUAUCAUCACUAGUUGGAGCUUUAACAAUUCAAAUUGUUCAUGGUGCCUUGUUGAAUAAACAAAUACUACCAGAUGAAAA